UUUUCGCCCAGCUUUCUCUGGCCGUCCCUCGCAUCACGUGCCUUCCUGGCCGCUCCCCCGGAGCCCUUUCCAAAGGCCAGAAGAAACUGCUGUAAAAUGUCGUGAGGGACAUCGCCCCUUUGCGGCUGCCUCUCAGAACCAGACCCCGGGAGUGCCCACCGCAGUCAGCGGUUCCUCCGGCAGAGUCGUCCUGACGGAGGGCAAAAGCACUCGGUGCGCCACUGGAUUUUCCGCCGCACCCGCGAGGGCUCCGGGCGAUGUGAUCCAAGGCGGCGACUGCGCUCCCAGGCCCGGGGGCUGAGGUGGGCGGGCAGGUGCCUGGGAAGCCGCGGCCCGGCGGGAUGGAGGAGAGCAUGGAGGAGGAGGAAAUGCUCACCUACGAGGCGAUGAUGGACGACCAGAAUCACAACAACUGGGAGGCCGCCGCGGACAGCUUCCGGCAGCCUCCGCCGGCCCCGCCGCUGCCCCCGCCGCCGCCGCCGCGGCCCUCGCCGUCCAUCCCUGAUCCAGGCCGAGAACUCCCGGGGGGACAGCUGCUGGCUGUGCACGCGGGCUCCAUGGAGAGGAAGGGUCCUAAGGAAGGGCUCGCGAUGGGGCCUCCGCCCUUGCCGGAGCCGAACGGGGUGAUCAUGAUGUUGAAGAGCUGCGACGCAGCCGCCGCGGUGGCCAAGACGGCCCCUGCCCCCACCCCCAGCUCCACUAUCAACAUCAACACCUCCACCUCCAAGUUCCUAAUGAAUGUUAUAACAAUUGAAGAUUAUAAGAGCACAUACUGGCCAAAAUUAGAUGGUGCCAUAGAUCAACUUUUAACCCAGAGUCCUGGUGACUAUAUACCUAUAUCCUAUGAACAGAUUUACAGUUGUGUGUAUAAGUGUGUAUGCCAGCAGCACUCAGAACAGAUGUACAGUGAUCUGAUUAAAAAAAUAACCAGCCACUUAGAGCGAGUCUCCAAGGAGCUGCAGGCCAGCCCUCCAGACCUCUAUAUUGAAAGAUUUAAUAUAGCUCUGGGACAGUAUAUGGGAGCAUUGCAGAGCAUCGUGCCUCUUUUCAUAUAUAUGAAUAAGUUUUACAUAGAAACUAAGCUUAACAGAGACUUAAAAGAUGAUCUUAUAAAACUGUUUACGGAGCAUGUUGCAGAGAAGCACAUUUACAGCCUAAUGCCUUUACUUUUAGAAGCCCAGUCAACACCAUUUCAGGUCACACCUUCAACUAUGGCAAAUAUUGUGAAAGGCCUGUACACUCUCAGACCAGAAUGGGUUCAGAUGGCUCCGACAUUGUUUUCUAAGUUUAUUCCGAACAUUCUGCCCCCGGCUGUGGAAUCUGAACUUUCUGAGUAUGCUGCCCAAGAUCAAAAGCUUCAAAGAGAACUUAUACAGAAUGGUUUUACCAGAGGUGACCAGUCCCGGAAGAGAGCUGGAGAUGAGUUGGCUUAUAACAGUCCAUCUGCUUGUGCAAGUUCCAGGGGGUAUAGAUAGUGACUGUUGAACUACGUUUCUCCCAAGAGAAGACACACUGGAGCUACAGAAACUGUUCCGGGCACAGUGAGGCCUGCACCACUCAGGAGCUCUGUCAAAGGCUGUUCUCAGAGAGGAUACUGGACUUCUUUCUUUAAUUUUCAGUUUUUAAAAACAAGAACUAACAAAAACAAUUGCUGCUAGACUGGGGGGUGAUUUUGAAAUGGGACAAUCUUUUAAUCUACAGAGCAAGUGUCUUGGAGAGUGGCCGUGGCUAAAGUGAAGCUUAAUGUUUGAAUCAGCUUCCUCCAGAAAUACAAGAACGAAAGAAUCUUUUUUUUUUUUUUUUUAAAGCACUCAUGUUGUUUAUUUGUGGACUUGGAACAUGGUGUCUCGUGUCAAGAUAUCUUUGCUUAAAACCAAGCAGAUGUUAUAAUACAGUGUUUUUUCACCCAUGCCUCAAACAAUCUGUUUUAAAUUCAGAUUGAUCUAUGUUUAGCAAUUAGUCUUGUGGAGGAAAAUGCUAACAACUGCUUUUACUAUUACUUUCCCUAUUAAUUCCCAUUUUCAACUGUGUGCCUUGAGCUUUGUGCACUUUGCAGCUAUGUGACCAUGUCAUCAAUCUCAUGAUGCUUCCUGGAGAAGUUGAUAUCUCCAACUGGCCCACCAAAGCCUCUGGUAUGGCUUUGUAUUUGUAGCAGAACCUGAUUGAGAAGAUGGAAGCACUAGAGGCUGGUCAGAAUUCACCCUGCUGUCCCAGCUUUCAUGGGGACCAACUCUUACUGAGUGGUUUCCAUUCUACUAUUGCCUCACCCGAUGUCAGCCCUGAGUUGGGUGGAGCCCUGGUUUCAGGCUAUGAUACUGUAGAGAUUGCCCAGCAGUGGGAGCUACUCCCUGGAUCCCUCUCGGGCUGAAUAGUUUUUAAAGCCAAAUAUGGUGAAUAGUUCUUGGCCCAUCUCAUUUUAAUGGGUUCAUUUAAUACAUAUAAAAGGUCAGCUCCACUCUGUAUCUUGUAAACAUCAUGUUUGAUAUUUGAGUGCAUCAGGGAGAGUAUGCUGUUGUUUGAAGGCUCUGGUAAAGCUUUAUUGCCUGUUUCACUAUACCAACAGUACAACAAAACAACAGUUCUUCACAAAAGUCUGAAGCUUAUCUAGUUGUGUUUCAAUAAUAAAACUAGAUAUGGCAAGGGAAAAGUAUUUUCCUUCUCAGUUUUGCUUGAAUGUGAAGUGAGCAUUGGCUUUGUGCUACCAGGCUCCAUCUGACAGUGAUGCUGGCCAUUCAGAGAAUGCUCCCCCAAGCUACUGCUACCAACUCAGUGGGCAGCAGUUAGAAAUGAAACACCAGGGACAAGAACAUUACCCAGUAGCAGUCCUGUGUAAACAGUGUUCCAGGGGAAGAACAGUUAAGAGCUGAUGGCUUGAGUCUUUCAGUACUUGUCUGCAGUUGGUAGAAUUUAUGGGGGGUUUAAUUGGCUUCAUUCCAUUUGGGUUAUAUUUGAGAACCUGAAUAGGGACAAGUGGACUCUUCCUAUGGUCUGUACAGCCUUUUCUGCUCUGAUGUCGAGGGGAAAGUUUUCAUUUUAUCAGAAAGCCCAGUUUACUUUUCUGAUGGAAUGCUCACCACAGAGUUGUAAAUAUAUCAUUUUGAACUGGUUUCUUCUACACAGCUUUAAUAUUUUUGACAAUAGUAAAGUUGGAACAUUUCUUGAAACAUAAUAGGUUAGUGAUUCUGUGUCUUAAUUAUGCCCCCUCCCCCAGGAGAGAGUGCUCUUCUUUUUCUCUAAAAGAAUUUUGCCUAUAUAAAAGCAUUAAAUAAAUUGGCAUUAAAGUGGGUGCUUUUGUGUUAGUAAAUUAAUGGAGAAAUAGUCAUACUAAUUCUGUGUUAGCACAAAAUAGGCAGGGAAAAACCUGUGAAAUUCUCAUUCUCUGAGUCAAAGCUGGGUACCACUGUGAUGGUACUGAAAUCCAUGGGGAAGGAAAGUUGAGUGUGCUCCUGAUGGAUGUGUCCUGGUAACGGUUAAGUUAAGCAAGGCUUGACAGCUUGUAAAAUUGACACUUCUUGUUAAUUGAAAUCUUUACGAGAGUCUUCGUCUCCAACUAUGAGGAAAUAAAAUCUGUUCUCUCUCAUUUUGUAUUUCCUGAAAGUAUUUUCAUGUGUACUUGUGUUUUUGCCAGUACAAUUUUUCUAUCCCUGCUGAGGACUGCUUUCUCAAUCAAAUCGUUAAAGCUCAAAUUUUAUGUAGAUCAGUUAGUCACUGAAAUACAGUUGAUUUGGCUAAAUGGCUAAUGUGUACAUUUGCCUAAAAGUAGGCCUUUGAAAAAUUAAAAGCCAGGAGGGUCAUCUUCAAGUAAUGGUUUGAAAAAAUAAACAGAUGAUGGUGUUGAGAGACAAUGCUCCUUUUAAAAGUUGACCUUACUCUUGGGUCACUGUGUUAUCUGCUGACCUACUGUCAUAACUGCAUUCUGACCUGACAGGAAUUAUUUUCUUGGGGGCCAGAAAGUAAAAUUUAGUGGUCUGACUUGCCUAAUAGUUCCUAGGCAGGGUUGUUCACUUGCAUGCACAAUUAGUAAUGAUUGUGCAUCACUAAAAUUUCUCAAGGUCUUUUAUUACAAGCACUCAUUCCCCUUUUUGCUAGAGUGAAGUUGGUUUGUAUGUAGGUGAGACUGCAAAGAAAUGGAUGUCCCUGGUCAUGACACACCACUGUGUAUGUCUCUAGAGCUCAGUUCUGUCUAGCUGCUGCUCUCUUGUCAUUUACUUUCUGUCAGGUUGCAAAUUUGCACACAUGAAUGAUCCCUCAGGAACAGUUUGCACACUCCUCAGUAUACUCUGCAGAGACCAAACAGCAUUUAAGGUUAUCAGCACAAGAGGGUUCCUACACCUACUAGCAGAGGCCAUGGUGAGCUUGCAAACAAAACUGGUUUCUGCAGGUAAUGGGAAGAGGAGCACAUAGUGUUUGUUUAAAUAACCUCCCACUUAUCCCUAUAACCAGAGUAAGAAACCUUCCAGAUUUUGCUUAUUGGGGCUAUGGUUUUUUGUUUUUUGUUUUUGCUUUUCUGUUUCCCCUCUCUCACAGUAAUUAUUUCCAUGGUUAGUGUGUAAGAGGAAUUGCCCUUGAGCUAAGAUUCAACUGUUCAUUAAGCAGCUAUCAUUAAACUAAGCAUUAUUCAAUGAAUGUGCACUAAUCUGAGAUAAGAAACAACUAAAAAGCAAAACAGAACCUGUGCAUUAGCUAUUCAUCUGUUAAGAGUUCGUUUUUUAAUGGUAUAUUCUUAAGCUUUUAGCUUGGAAUAUUGUUUGCUUUUAUCCUAGUAUUGGUUUCUUAGGGGGAUGUUAAAAUUCAAGGUUGGAAUGUGACACCCUUAACUGACAUCUAAAGUAUCGACUUUUUCGGUUGAUUACUGCUUUUAGUAAUACUGUGCAAAAUGUUUAUUUUUACCAGAAUUUCAAGCAGAAAUCAUAGGGAAAUCCUAGAGAAAUGGCUCUCUUGUGCUUUUAUCACCACAUAGAAAUUUCCCAUGGUUUCUGACCCCGUGAGAAUUUUUGGAAGGAAGUGCUUGUUCUUUCCCAAAGGAAAUGCUCCCUCUCUGGUCCCCUCCUGCUUAGCUGCUUCGCUGCCUCAUCCCUCCUGCACUAGCUGAGACCUUAAACCCCUUCCAGAGUCAGUGAUGGGUCUGCCCCCUGGGCGCAGGACCAAUCUCUGCCUAGACUUGAUUCCAUUGUUAGAAGAGUGCUGCUGGAUUACACUUCUUGGAAGAUUGUCAGCAUGGCUCUUGGGUUAAGAGUUGAGUGAUUUGUAAAACAAAACAAAACAAAAAAACCUUUGUAUUGGUUCUUACAUGUUUAAAUAUUGUGACUACUAAACUCAGUAAGACUGGGUGUUCUAAAGGUGGUGAUGCUGUUGGUUUUUUGUUUUAUGUUUUUUGUUUUUUUUUUUAAGUCUUAUAUGUCAAUGUUACAGCCAUGGAUUUUCAGAGAAAUUAUUUAAACAUCAAGUCCUGGGAAAUUGGCUCAAAUAUGCUUAUGCAAAAUUUGGAGAUCAUGUGCAGGCUAAAGGAGUUUGCCACCCACCAGCAUAGCAGAGCAAAUGAAGUAUUGCUGUCUAUUCUUCUGACAUUUGUCGUCCUGCACUGUCCUUCACCACUUAUUUACUGAACGUGACUAAAGCGCUUCCUGAGCUGGGGUACAAAGCUGCUGGCCUGGGCGCUCUCCUUAUAAACAUAGGGUAGAGUUUGAACCACUGCUCUGUAUUAGUUGUAUAUUCUCACUCUAAAGUAUUGUGGUUAAUGAAAAACCUUGUACAGAUGUCAUUAAACUUGAUUUUUAAGUUUUGUGCAGGUGU